AUGGCGACUUCUUUCGCACCAUUAUCCAUUUCAGUUGGUGGAUCUCAUCUCAAGUCCUCUGAACUGUUUUCAGCAAAGCGUAAUUCAUCUCUGGCUGGACCUAAGCUUCUUGUUCAAAGGAAAUCAAACAUUGUAAACAAAAGGAGCCUCACUUCACCCGUUCGUGCCAAAUACCGUGAUAACAGAGGAAGUGGAGGUGGGGAAUUGGUUGCUAGCUUUCUUCUGGGUGGUGCUAUUUUUGGAACCCUGGCUUUUGUUUUUUCUCCCCAUAUCCGAAGAACUAUGCUAAAUGAAGAUGAACAUGGGUUUCGGAGGGCCAGAAGACCAAUAUAUUAUGACGAUAGGGAACUUAAAGCCAAGGAAAUUUAG